GACACCGACGCCCGCGCCCAUUUCCCUGCCCCGCGCCCGCAGCUUCCGUCCCAUCCACCACCGCCCACUCCCUCGCCCCGCUCCUUCCGCCGCUUCGUCGUCGACUGCGGCCGUGAGUGGCCAACGCGCACGCGCACGCGCACGCAGCUCGAUCUCCGGCUCUUGCUCGAGCGUUGCAUUCCGCUCGAUCACACGUAGUACGUAGCUCUGUUGAUUUUUGCUCCGUUCGUCUCGGCAGGAGCAGAGGAGGAAAAGCGAGCGAUCCGUGGGAGGGACGGGGGGACUAGGGAGCAGCGUACGGACAGGGGCAGUAGCGCGGGGAUCAGGCCUGCGUUGGAGUGGUUGAGAUUCGUGCUAUGGGCGGAUUCUCUGCGGCUACAGCGGCGGAGCGGUGCGCCGUCGGGAUCCACGCGUCCCCGUCCUCGCCGGCGCCGCGCCCGCGGUCGCAGCGGCCGCUGCCCGCCCGCCGCGCCGCCGCCUCCCUCGCGGUCUCCCGCCGCAGCCUCCUCGUGCCCCGCGCCGUCGCCGCGCCCACAGACCGCGCCUCCCCGGAAGUUGUCGGAAGGUUCAAGCUGGAGUCCAACUCCGAGCUCCAGGUGACUUUGAACCCAGCGCCGCAGGGUGCGGUCGCCGAGAUCAAUCUCCAGGCGACCAACACCAGCGGCUCCCUGGUUCUGCAUUGGGGCGCCCUCCGCUCGGACAGGAGAGAAUGGCUCCUCCCGUCCCGAAGACCGGAUGGAACGACAGUGUACAAGAACAAGGCCCUCAGGUCACCUUUUGUAAAGUCAGGUGACAAUUCCAUGCUGAGAAUUGAGAUAGAUGAUCCCGCAGUUCAAGCCAUCGAGUUCCUUGUGUUCGACGAGGCACGGAAUAAAUGGUUUAAAAACAAUGGCCAGAAUUUCCUAAUCCAACUCCAGACAAGCCGUAAUGAGGGGCAAGAUGCACCUGGUGCUACUGCUUCUGCUAUUGUGGUGCCAGAGGAUCUUGUGCAGAUCCAAUCGUACCUUCGUUGGGAAAGGAAUGGAAAGCGGUCUUAUACAGCUGACCAAGAGAAGGGGGAGUAUGAAGCAGCACGAGCAGAGUUAAUAGAGGAAUUAAACAGAGGUGUUCCACUGAAGAAGCUGCGAGCUAGAUUAACAAAAACACCCGAGUCGAGUGGAAGUGAUGCUCCUGCAUCUCAAACUACCAUAACCAGUGUCCCAGAGGAACUUGUACAAGUCCAGGCUUACCUAAGAUGGGAGAAAGCUGGCAAGCCAAAUUAUUCCCCAGAGAAGCAACUGGUUGAGUUUGAGGAAGCAAGAAAGGAACUGCAGGCUGAGUUGGAUAAUGGAGCCUCAGUUGAUCAAUUAAGGAAGAAAAUUGUGAAAGGAAACCUUGAAAAGAAAGUUUCCAAGCAACUGGAGAAGAAGAAGUACUUCUCAGUAGAAAGGAUUCAGCGCAGAAACAGAGAUAUCACGCAACUUCUUAAUAAACAUAAGCCUGUGGUUACAGAACAGCAAGUAAAAGCUGCACCCAAACAGCCAACUGUUUUUGAUCUCUUCACAAAGUCCUUGCAGGAGGGGGAUAACUGUGACGUCCUAAGCAGGAAGCUUUUCAAGAUCGGUGAUGAGGAGAUACUGGCAAUUGCCACAAAUGCUCUAGGUAAAACCAGAGUUCACUUGGCAACAAACCGUAUGGAGCCACUUAUUCUUCACUGGGCACUGGCAAAAAAGCCCGGAGAAUGGGAGGCACCUCCUUCUAGCAUAGUGCCUUCUGGCUCAACAGUUCUCGACAAGGCAUGUGAAACUUCAUUCGGUGAGUCUGAAUUGGAUGGUGUGCAAUACCAGGUUGUUGAGAUAGAGCUUGAUGACGGCAGAUACAAGGGGAUGCCCUUUGUUCUCCGGCGUGGUGAAACAUGGAUAAAGAACAACGACUCCGACUUCUAUUUGGAUUUCAACACCAAAGUUACUAAGAAAUCAAAGGAUACGGGUGAUGCCGGUAAAGGCACCGCAAAGGAUUUCCUGGAAAGAAUAGCAGAUCUGGAGGAAGAUGCCCAGCGAUCUUUUAUGCACAGAUUCAAUAUUGCGGCGGAUCUAGUUGACCAAGCCAGAGAUGCUGGACUAUUGGGUAUCGUUGGACUUUUUGUUUGGAUUAGAUUCAUGUCUACCAGGCAACUAAUAUGGAACAAGAACUACAAUGUGAAACCACGUGAGAUAAGCCAAGCACAAGACAGGUUUACAGAUGACCUCGAGAAUAUGUACAAAAGUUACCCACAGUACAGAGAGAUCUUAAGAAUGUUAUUGUCUGCUGUUGGUCGUGGAGGUGAAGGUGAUGUUGGUCAGCGUAUCCGUGAUGAGAUAUUAGUAAUCCAGAGAAAUAAUGACUGCAAAGGUGGAAUUAUGGAAGAAUGGCACCAGAAACUGCACAACAAUACAAGCCCAGAUGAUGUAGUCAUAUGCCAGGCGAUAAUUGAUUAUAUCAAGAGCGAUUUCGAUAUCAACGUUUACUGGGACACCUUGAACAAAAAUGGCAUAACCAAAGAACGACUGUUGAGCUAUGAUCGUGCAAUUCAUUCAGAACCAAAAUUCAGGAGUGACCAGAAAGAGGGGUUACUCCGUGAUUUGGGCAACUAUAUGAGAAGCCUGAAGGCUGUGCACUCUGGUGCUGAUCUUGAGUCUGCUAUUGCGACAUGUAUGGGAUACAAAUCAGAGGGUGAAGGUUUCAUGGUUGGUGUUCAAAUCAACCCGGUGAAUGGUUUAUCAUCUGGUUUUCCUGAUUUGCUUCAAUUUGUGCUUGACCAUGUUGAGGAUAAGUCAGCAGAGCCACUUCUUGAGGGGUUAUCGGAGGCUCGUGUUGAACUACGCCCUUUGCUCACUGGCUCAUCUGAACGCUUGAAGGAUCUUAUCUUUUUGGACAUUGCUCUUGAUUCUACUUUCAGGACAGCAGUUGAAAGGUCGUAUGAGGAGCUGAAUGAUGCAGCACCGGAGAAAAUUAUGUACUUCAUCAGUCUUGUUCUUGAAAAUCUUGCCUUGUCCACUGACGACAACGAAGACAUCUUAUAUUGCUUAAAGGGAUGGAAUCGAGCCAUGGACAUGGUUAAGCAAAAGGAUGACCAAUGGGCCCUCUACGCUAAAGCAUUUCUUGACAGAACCAGACUUGCCCUUGCGAGCAAGGGCGAACAAUACUACAAUAUGAUGCAGCCCUCGGCUGAAUAUCUUGGCUCAUUACUCAACGUUGAGGAAUGGGCAGUUGACAUCUUCACAGAAGAAGUAAUUCGUGGUGGAUCAGCUGCCACUUUAUCUGCUCUUCUGAACCGAUUUGACCCUGUUCUCAGAAAUGUCGCACACCUUGGAAGUUGGCAGGUUAUUAGCCCAGUUGAAGUAACAGGUUAUAUUGUAGUGGUUGAUAAGUUGCUUUCUGUUCAAAACAAAACUUAUGAUAAACCAACAAUCCUUGUGGCAAAGAGUGUCAAGGGAGAGGAAGAAAUACCAGAUGGUGUUGUUGGCGUGAUAACACCUGAUAUGCCAGAUGUUCUGUCUCAUGUGUCAGUUCGAGCAAGGAAUUGCAAGGUGUUGUUUGCGACAUGCUUUGACCCGAACACCCUGUCUGAACUUCAAGGACAUGAAGGGAAGGUGUUUUCCUUCAAAACUACUUCUGCAGAUGUCACCUACAGGGAGGUAUCGGACAGUGAACUUAUGCAGUCAAGUUCUUCAGAUACACAAGGUGGUGAAGCAAUACCAUCUUUAUCAUUAGUCAAGAAAAAGUUCCUUGGAAAAUAUGCAAUAUCAGCGGAAGAGUUCUCUGAUGAAAUGGUUGGAGCAAAGUCCCGCAACAUAGCAUACCUGAAAGGAAAAGUACCUUCAUGGGUUGGUAUCCCAACAUCAGUUGCGAUACCAUUUGGGACCUUUGAGAAGAUAUUGUCUGAUGAGACCAAUAAGGAAGUAGCACAAAACAUACAGAUGCUGAAGGGCAGACUUGCUCAAGAAGAUUUUAGUGCUCUAGGAGAAAUCCGGAAAACUGUUCUUAAUCUAACUGCUCCAACUCAACUGGUUAAGGAGCUGAAGGAGAAGAUGCUAAGCUCCGGAAUGCCCUGGCCUGGAGAUGAAAGUGACCACCGUUGGGAGCAAGCAUGGAUGGCAAUUAAAAAGGUUUGGGCAUCAAAAUGGAAUGAAAGAGCAUAUUUUAGCACCCGCAAGGUGAAGCUCGAUCAUGAGUACCUUUCCAUGGCUGUUCUUGUACAAGAAAUUGUCAACGCAGACUAUGCCUUUGUUAUUCAUACUACGAACCCGUCAUCUGGAGAUUCUUCUGAGAUAUAUGCUGAAGUGGUGAAAGGACUUGGAGAAACACUUGUGGGAGCUUAUCCUGGCCGUGCCAUGAGCUUCGUGUGUAAGAAAGAUGACCUCGACUCUCCCAAGGUACUCGGUUACCCUAGCAAGCCAAUUGGUCUCUUCAUAAAGCGGUCAAUCAUCUUCCGUUCAGACUCUAAUGGUGAGGAUCUGGAAGGUUACGCUGGAGCAGGGCUGUAUGAUAGUGUCCCUAUGGAUGUGGAAGAUGAAGUUGUACUCGACUACACGACCGACCCUCUCAUCACUGACUCUGGAUUCCGGAGCUCAAUCCUCUCAAGCAUUGCACGGGCUGGCCACGCCAUCGAGGAGCUCUAUGGGUCACCGCAGGAUAUUGAGGGAGUAGUGAAGGAUGGGAAGAUCUACGUAGUCCAGACAAGACCACAGAUGUAAUAUGUAUGUAUAGGCGGCUCAAGUUGUAGAGUAGUACUCCCUCCGUCCCAUAAUGUAAGACGUUUUUUCACACUAGUGGUGUCAAAAAACGUCUUACAUUAUGGGACGGAGGGAGUAGGAUAUAUGGUCCUUGCUGGCAUGUAUAGUUGUACUCAUAGGUGCACAACACAUCUACGUUGUUAUUUAUUUGCAUAUACGCUCAGAAUAAGCUUUGAUCACAUACUGUAUUUCCUAGAGUACCAGAACAUGUAUGUACGAUCAGGAAUAUGACCUUAUUAAAACCAUCGAGGGGAAAUGUUUUGAGCAAUCUAUA